AUGGUACCUAUGUUUCCUCUUAAAGAGUUAACUUUACAAUUUUUUGUGUCGUACCUGGCAGAUCGCAUUAAAUUCUCAACUAUUAAAGUCUAUUUGUCUGGCAUACAAUAUCAUAGCAAGAUGCAAGGCUAUAAAGAAAACAUAUCUUCAAUGGCUAAAUUAUUUUACGUCAUGCGAGGUAUCCGCAGAUGCCAUCCACAUUCCCGUACUACGAGAUUGCCUAUUACACCUGUUCAUCUGCACGAAAUGUUAAACUUUAUUUGUGAAUCUAAAUUUACUAGUCAUGACAAAGCAUUAUGGUCUGCUCUCAUCCUUGUUGCGUUUUUUGGGUUUUUACGUGUAUCCGAAUUUGUUACACCAUCAAAAAAUUUUUAUGAUCCUAAAAUUCACCUGUCACCUUCAGACAUUGAAUUUUCUUCCUCGGCAACAAUCGUAAAGCUAACCAUCAAGGCAUCCAAAACAGAUCCAUUUAGGAAAGGUGUCACAAUUCGUCUUGCAAUGAUUGAACACGAAUUUUGCCCAGUAAAAGCUUUAAGAAAUUACCUGUUAUUUCGGGGGGCUAAGGCGGGUCCGUUGUUCGUUUUGUCAAAUGGGGAUUUUAUCACUCGGAAGUACGUUUCAGCAUUUUUGUUCGUCAGUCUAAAUGAUAGUUUACAUUUAAAUACCCAUAGUUUCCGUAUUGGUGGGGCCUCUACAGCAGCUUCGUGCGGCAUUCCUGACUCAGCCAUAAAAACACUUGGUAGGUGGUCCAGUGACUGUUACAGAAGGUGACACACCUGCAUCAUCGCCACACUAUGUUGGAACGAUAACGGACUAUCUACAAUCGAACUGGUUCAUCGAGGCUACAUAACGUCGUCAAGCGUAAAGAAAUGUCCAAUUGCUUUAGCUACACGGUUUCCUUGAAUUGGCGCAGUUUGGCUUAGUACGACCAACAAGGUUUUAGUCCAGUGGUGGAAGCAAUUGGCAACUUUACUCAAUUAUGUCAAUGUGUUAAAUUUAACUGGUGGGGGUGCUGGGCUGCCCUGGGCAGCCACAAAGUGUAGAGAUGUGCGUGUACCCCUGGAAGAGUAUGGUGAAUUCAGUACAGGUGCGAGGAGAUGAACGACGGUGCACCACGCGAGCAGGACAGAUGACUGGGGAAAUAACAGCAGGGGCAUGCGGCGCUGACAGUCAGAGGUGGUGCACCAAGAGGUUAAUAACAGGUGUGAAAUGCAAAAGAAGCUAGAGCUCAUAAAGAGUAGGUUCUUGUGAGGUAUGAUAGAGGAAAUGGAAUCACAGGAGAGGAGCUCCGGAUGUGAUUGAGAGAUUAGUUAAGCCAGAAACACUACUAGGAGAAGAGCUCCGGAUGUAGUGGAGAAGAGCGAACACUACUAGGAGAAGAGCUCCGGAUGUAGUGGAGAAGAGCGAAUUUAUUGGGAACACGCACGUGAGCUUGAGACAAUAUCUUCUCUCCAGCCUAGCAUCCUCACCCGAUUCCGCCAAAUUAUCCUCAGUUUAUUCUUACAAAUUCGAAAUAAAUUUUCUACUCCAA